AUGGCGUUGGCAAUGCAUACUACGUUAACAAUAUCAUGUGAAGCAUCGGAAGAAAGAUCAGGACCAACACUAGUUCAUAGUACUGGUGUUAAAAAUUAUCGUAUACAACCGGAACUUAUCCGAGUCUUACAAGAAUCAUGUACAAAUGAGAAAUUAUGUGAUCAUGAAAAAGGUGUUCAAUGUUCUGAUCCACCAGCACAUAUUCUGGAAACAUUAAAAAAAGUUGGUUUUACUGUAAUGAGUCAAUCAAAAGUUGGUAGUCGUCAAUUGUGGAUGUUAACAAAAACCGACGAAGGUAGUCCCAGUAAUCCAUCAAAUCCUGUAGCGCCACCGCAUGGAGACAAUAACAAGGCAAAAGGAGAUGAAGAAGAAGAAAAAGAAGAAGAAGAAGAAGAAGAAAAGGAAGAGGAAGAAGAAUAA